AUGGCAAGCAGACGUCCAUCGCGUCAUGCUAAAUUGGAAAAAGCUGAUAUUCUAGAAAUGACCGUAAGAUAUUUACGCGCGAUGCAAAAGCAACAAAUAACAGCUGCAAUGAAUUCCGAUCCUGGCGUCAUCAGUAAGUAUAGCAUGGGCUAUAAUGAAUGUGCAUCGGAAGUAGCACGCUAUUUACUAACAAAUAACAGCAUCGAUUCUUCGACCAGAGGAGGAAUAUUAUCACACUUAGCAGGUUGCCGUAACGCUCUUAAUCAACUUACUAAUAGCGACUUAGCACGUCAACAAGUAUCUUAUCCAAGUUUACCUAUGGCUACUGCGAAUGAUCAGUUAAAUAUGGCAUCUGCUAGCUUCCCAGCUAGUUACGCCGUUCCAACUCGUAAUGAAAGAGCAGCUAUGAUUUUACCAAAUCGUUUAGCAUGUUCAUCUCCUAUUAUUCCUGUCUACGCAGAUUCAUUCUAUUCUCCUUUAAAUCAUUCACUUACAGCAUUUACCGGUCGCUGUGACGAUCCAGUUUGGCGACCGUGGUAG